AUGGCUCGAGCAUCUACACCUCUCUUGAUUCUAAUAGCUCUUGGUUUCUUCUUUGGUACCUAUAAUUUGGUCACUCUGGUAAUUCACAAUACAAGUGAUUCCCUGAAAUUAAGGGACAAUGGUUCAGAGUGGUUUCAUGAUGCCAUUAGAAGCAUGACAGAAAAAAAGAAUUUAAAAUACCAUGUUGCCCUUACAGCCACAGAUGCACCUUAUAGCAAAUGGCAGUGUAGGAUUAUGUAUUAUUGGUAUAAAAAGGUGAAGGACUUACCUGGAUCAGAUAUGGGAGGUUUCACUAGGGUUUUGCAUUCGGGAAGCUCUGAUAAUUUGAUGGAAGAGAUUCCAACUUUUGUGGUUGAUCCUCUUCCUGAUGGACUUGAUCGGGGUUAUGUUGUGUUAAACAGACCUUGGGCUUUUGUGCAAUGGUUAGAAAGAGCAACAAUCGAGGAAGAAUACAUUCUAAUGGCAGAACCUGAUCACAUAUUUGUAAACCCUUUGCCAAAUUUGGCACGUGGAGAGCAUCCAGCUGGAUUCCCGUUUUUUUACAUAAAACCAGCUGAAAAUGAGAAAAUCAUGAGGAAAUUCUAUCCAAUGGAGAAGGGUCCUGUUACAAAUAUUGAUCCAAUUGGCAAUUCUCCAGUAAUUAUUAGCAAGAAUCUUUUGGAGAAAAUUGGUCCCACAUGGAUGAAUAUUUCAUUGAGAAUGAAAGAUGACCUGGAGACUGAUAAAGCCUUUGGGUGGGUACUGGAAAUGUAUGCCUAUGCAGUGGCUUCUGCAUUGCACAAUGUCCGGCAUAUUCUUCGUAAAGACUUGAUGUUGCAGCCUCCAUGGGACGAAGAAGUUGGAAAGAAGUUCAUUAUCCAUUACACGUAUGGUUGUGAUUACAACAUGAAGGGAGAGUUAACUUAUGGGAAGAUUGGUGAAUGGCGUUUUGACAAAAGGUCAUAUCUUCGUGACCCUCCACCCAGAAACCUCCCUUUACCUCCUCCUCGCGUUCCUCAAAGUGUCGUAAGACUAGUGAAGAUGGUGAAUGAAGCCUCCGCUAACAUUCCUGGAUGGGAGAAAUUAAAUAGUUGAGAUGACAGAUAGAUAAUUAUUAAUUAGUGGAUCUGUAUCGAUUGUAGAGGCAUAUCCUACUUUUGGUGCAUUCAUACACUUACGUACAUAUCACAGUCACAGAUAACCUACUUUAGAAUCCGCAAAUUUGAAGGCUUGUUUAUGCUACAACGUACCCAUGAUCUGAUAUGAUUAACAACAAACAAGUAGAAUUUUUAUUUUUGAGAUCCAUGUCAAUAACGCGAAAUUUGCAAAAUGUCUCGCUUAAGACAAUGGAACAAAAAAAGAUUAGUUAUUGAUCUAAAGUGCGUAUAGAAGGCAUUAAAAAUUAACCUCCUCAUUCUCGUUCUCAUUCUCAUUAUUGAAAAUAACCACACAAAGUUUUACCAUGUAACAAAUGCAUAAGGAUAGACAGAUGGAGUCGAAGCAAAUUACCUGCUGGCUACACCACUCUUGGGUUACUUAAGCCUUUGUUCUCUCUUCUCUCCAUUUGUACCAUGUGCUGUGAAACGUGUAUCUAGGGGAUUGGGUUUGGAGGGAUGGAUUUCCAUAUAAUGUGUUUUGGGAGGUGAUAGAGCUAUUGAUGUGGUGAC